CGCGUAGCGGCAUGGCUCCUCGAGACUCGUUGUUGGAUGCACUUUUUCAAGUUUUUCCACCCGCCACCUGCGCCUCCAGCAUUUGGCAAAGGGAAAACUGUCCCAGAGCGCUCAUCGUCGUUCCUAAACCAACUUGUCGUUCAUUGGAUUGGCCCUUUUCUCGAUGUUGGAUUCUCCCGUCCCUUAGAGAAAGAUGAUUUAUGGGAGCUACCUACGGAUCGUCUUACUGGCGCCACAGCCGACGUACUCGAGGCCCGGUUCUAUUCGCGCUGCCCACCUGAACAACGACCGAGCGCCUUCCGCGACACACCGGAGGAAUCACGGCACAGUCACGAGAGCGAGGCCGCUUCGACGACCGUCGAGGACAAGGAAAAGCAGACACCGUCCACGGAAAAUGAGAAAACUUCGGCCCCAACGAAGCCACGGCGCUUCUGGCAACGCAAGCCCAGAAAACUUCAUGACUCCUCACUGUUCCGUGCCGUCCACCACACCUUCCUCGUUCGUAUCUGGGCCGGAGGAAUGCUCAAACUUAUUGCGGAUACAUUACGAACUACUUCACCGCUCGUGAACAAGGCGCUAUUAACAUGGCUUGCCGAGUCAUACGUUUACCACCGUGCAACCGACGAGCAAAAAGCGCUGUUUCCCAAGCCGCCUAGAGGCAUUGGUUAUGGAAUUGGUUUGGGCAUUGUGCUGUUUGCAAUGCAAGAAAUAGCGAGCUUGAUGACAAACCAUUCCCAGCAAACCAUGAUGGCGGUCGGACUUUCGGUACGAACAGGUAUAAUUGGCGCGGUCUUCCGCAAAUCCCUUCGACUUUCUGGGAGAGCGCGUCUUGAACAUUCUGUUGGCCAAACUACAACAAUCAUUUCGACAGACGCAUCACGGUUGGACCGGUUCUGUCAAUUCGGCCACAAUGUUUGGGUGUCCCCGAUCCAAAUCAUCGUUGGGGUUGGUCUCCUGCUCGGGAAUCUCGGCUAUUCUGCCCUUGUCGGACUCGGGGUGCUCCUCCUCGGAUUCCCCCUGCAAGUCAUACUUGUCCGAAUCAUGUUCAAACAGCGCACGAAGGGCGUCAAAAUCACCGACACUCGCGUCCGUUUGACCAACGAGGUGUUGCAAGGCAUUCGUCUUAUCAAGUACUAUGCCUGGGAGGGUUUCUAUACUCAGCAGAUUGGUUCCCUGCGAGAACGAGAGAUCGCAACUGUUCGAAAGAUGGCGAUUGCUCGCGCAGCCAUGAUUGGUAUCAUAACUGUCAUUCCUGUGUUAGCUUCCGUUUUGUCAUUUAUUACGUAUGCGCUGAGUGGCCACAAUCUCGACAUUGCCAUCAUCUUCAGUUCACUCCAAUUCUUCAAUAUUAUCCGCAUGCCGCUCGCAUUCAUCCCUUUCGUCCUGUCCGCCUUGUCUGAUGCACUGGUGGCCUUCAGGCGAAUAGGCGCCUUCCUUACCGCAGAGGAGCUACCCGAGCCAUACCUCAUCGCAGACACUCAAACAAACGCAGUCGAUGUUGACGCUAGUUUUACUUGGGAGACAGUAGAGAAGCUUGAUGGAUCCAAGUUCGGUGCAAAGAAGGGCAAAGGCCCCGGAGGUGGCAAGGGGAAGAAGAGUGGCAAGGACAUCAAGAAGAGCAGAUCAGUGCUUCCAACUACGAGUUCUGAUCCUGCCAGCGGCGCAGUCACCCCUGCCGAAGAGGAAAAGCCUUUCGAACUGAAGAAUUUAAAGAUGACCGUCCCUCGAGGUGCAUUUAUCGCGAUCGUUGGACGCGUCGGUUCUGGCAAGAGCUCUAUUCUACAAGCACUGAUUGGCGAAAUGCGCAAAACGGAGGGAACUGUCCGAUUUGGUGGGUCCAUCGCAUAUGUGCCGCAGACAGCAUGGAUUCGGAAUGCAACCCUGCGACAGAAUAUUGUGUUUGGGCAAAAAGACGACGAAGACAAGUUCCGUGAAGUUGUCGCUGCAUGUAGCUUGGAACAUGACUUAGAAGUGUUGCCACACGGAGAAGACACCGAGAUCGGAGAGAGAGGUAUCAAUCUCUCUGGUGGCCAAAAGGCCAGAGUUUCGCUCGCUCGCGCUUCUUACUCGCCUGCCGAGAUAAUCCUUCUUGAUGAUCCGCUUAGUGCCGUCGACUCUUAUGUUGGUAAGGCCAUCCUCGACAGAUGCAUUCUGCAUGGCCCUCUUGCGAACCGCACCCGUGUUCUUGUCACUCAUGCCUUGCACGUUCUCGAUAAGGCAGACUACAUAUAUGCAAGUGUCAUGGAUAAUGGAACUAUCAAAGAACAAGGAACUUACCAAACCCUGCUCAAGGAUGGUAUCGUAUUUUCGAAACUGAUGGAAGAAUACGGCAGUUUGGAAGCCGAGAAAGAAAAGGAGGCGGCCAAAGGAAAGAAGGCCACCACCGAAUCCGAACAGGACGACCCCAAAAAAGAGCAAGCGGCGUUGAUGCAAACCGAAGAACGUAAUACUGGUGCAGUUUCAUGGGCAACCUAUGGACAGUAUCUCAAAUACGGAGGGGGUCUUACAUGGGCCCCUCUCAUUUUGGGCUUGCUUACGCUUUCCCAAGGGGCACAAGUGUUGAACACGCUCUGGCUGGGAUUUUGGACCGGCGGGACUAUAUCUGGUUUCACUCAAGGCCAAUACAUUGCCGUCUAUGCUGGUAUGGGAGCUGCAAUGGGUGUCUUCAGUUUCCUGCUUUCAUUUGCUUUCGCUCUCGUCAGUUUGAUGGCGAGUUUGCGGCUCUUCAAAGCAGCUUUAGCUCAUGUUCUACGCUCGCCGACUUCUUUCUUCGAUACCACACCUAUGGGACGCAUCCUUUCUCGACUUGUGAAAGAUCAAGACACUUUAGACAACGAAUUGUCCAUGAAUACAUUCCAACUAUUAACAACGUUUAGCUCUGUCCUCGGGACAGUCGCCUUGGUGUUUUAUACCUUCCCCUACUUGGGCAUCAUCUUUGCGCCGAUGAUUGUGCUCUACUAUAUGAUCUCAUCAUAUUACCGGCGUUCUUCGGUUGAAACAAAACGUUUGGAUUCGUUGAUGCGUUCUGCUCUUUACGCGUCCUAUACUGAAACUUUGACGGGUUUAUCGACGAUUCGCGCAUACAGGGACCAAUCCGACUCCAUUAAACACGCAGAGCAGGGUCUAGACAUGGAAAAUAGGGCAUACUACAUGACCAUCACUUUGCAAAUGUGGCUCGGGUUGCGUCUCGAUGUGUUUGGGAACGUUCUUAUCCUUGGUAUCGCUCUAUUUGCCGCUGGAUUGCAAGUCGCUUCUUUCGUCUUCAAUAUCGGUGUUGUGCUAUCGUACAGUCUCAGCAUCACUCAGGUCUUCUCCCAAAUGGUCGCUCUAUUUGCGACAAAUGAGCAAAAUAUGAACUCUGUCGAGCGUCUCGUCACAUACGCCGAACUCCCCGCAGAGGGUGCUGCCACAACACCGAACGAUCCACCUGCGACAUGGCCUGACCAAGGCGAAAUCAUGUUCAAAAAUGUCAAAAUGGCGUAUCGCGAGGGCCUCCCCCUGGUAUUGAAGGGCAUCAGUUUCGAUAUCAAACCUGGGGAAAAGGUGGGGAUCGUUGGUCGGACCGGCGCAGGGAAGAGCUCUCUCCUCCAAGUACUCUUCAGGAUGGUCGAGGUCCAAUCUGGUCAAGUUGAUAUUGAUGGACGCAACAUUCGAGACGUCGGACUUGAUACGCUGCGAGGAAGACUUGCUUUGGUCCCGCAAGACUCGGUUUUAUUCCUUGGGACCCUCCGGGAAAACUUAGACCCACAAAACUCUAAAACGGAUACUGAGCUGAUAUCCGUCCUCCAGCGAGCUUGGCUGUUACCCCGGCCUGGCGAAGCCCCAGACCCAAUUGCUGAGGCCAAAUUUAGUUUAGACUCUAAAAUUGGCGAUGAGGGCUCAAAUUACAGCGCUGGUGAAAAACAACUUCUCGCGCUGUGCCGAGCCCUCGUCAAAAACAGCCCCAUCAUUAUACUUGACGAGGCCACGAGCAGUGUUGAUGUCGAGACCGACGCUAAGCUCCAGCGGACAAUCCGCACCGAGUUUGCGUCCUCGACGCUCCUUUGCAUUGCUCAUCGGCUUAAUACCAUCGCUUAUUACGAUCGUAUCUUGGUCAUGGACCAGGGCCAAGUUGUGGAGUUUGACACGGUGCUCAAUCUGUUUGACAGAGAAGAGUCUAUUUUCCGUUCGCUUUGUGACGAAGCCAACCUUUCAAGGGCAGAUAUUCUUCGGAUAAGGGCUGAGGAAGUUAGUCCUUAG